AUGCGCAGUGGGCGCCACAUUGUAUCCUAUCAGGCGAGGAGAGGGUGAUGUCACCUGCGAGUUGGUAACCUACGAGCGGCUGUGAAGGAAACUGUUUAACCGGAUCCCAUUGUACCCAGCGCGCAGAGCCGCCUUUCCAGCAUGCAGGGGCUGCUCAGAGUUUAGUCACAUCAAGAAAUAGAACAGAUUCAGCCAUGGCCCCAAGGAAGAGAGGUGGACGGGGUAUUUCAUUCAUCUUUUGCUGUUUCCGAAACAAUGAUCACCCAGAAAUCACGUAUCGGCUUCGAAACGAUAGCAACUUUGCGCUUCAGACCAUGGAACCAGCAUUGCCCAUGCCCCCUGUGGAGGAGCUGGACGUCAUGUUCAGUGAACUGGUGGAUGAACUUGACCUCACAGACAAACACAGGGAAGCUAUGUUUGCACUUCCAGCUGAGAAAAAAUGGCAAAUAUAUUGUAGCAAGAAAAAGGACCAGGAAGAAAACAAGGGAGCUACAAGUUGGCCUGAAUUCUACAUCGAUCAGCUCAAUUCCAUGGCUGCUAGAAAAUCUCUGCUGGCUUUAGAGAAGGAAGAAGAAGAAGAGAGAAGUAAAACUAUAGAGAGUUUGAAGACAGCACUAAGGACAAAACCAAUGAGGUUUGUAACCAGAUUCAUCGACUUGGAUGGCCUGUCAUGUAUUCUCAACUUUCUAAAGACCAUGGACUACGAGACCUCAGAGUCUCGAAUACAUACCUCUCUCAUUGGAUGUAUAAAGGCGCUAAUGAACAACUCUCAAGGUCGGGCUCACGUCCUGGCUCAUUCUGAGAGUAUUAAUGUAAUUGCUCAGAGUCUGAGCACAGAGAACAUUAAGACAAAAGUGGCCGUGCUGGAAAUCUUGGGCGCCGUGUGCCUGGUUCCUGGGGGCCACAAGAAGGUUCUGCAGGCCAUGCUGCACUACCAGAAGUACGCCAGUGAAAGAACCCGCUUCCAGACAUUAAUUAAUGACUUGGAUAAAAGCACUGGGCGCUAUCGGGAUGAAGUGAGCCUGAAGACGGCCAUCAUGUCCUUCAUCAACGCAGUGCUAAGCCAAGGUGCAGGCGUGGAGAGUUUGGACUUCAGACUUCAUCUUCGCUAUGAAUUUCUGAUGUUAGGAAUUCAACCUGUGAUAGAUAAAUUAAGGGAACAUGAAAAUUCAACAUUAGAUAGGCAUUUAGACUUUUUUGAAAUGCUCCGAAAUGAAGAUGAACUAGAAUUUGCCAAAAGAUUUGAACUGGUUCACAUAGACACCAAAAGUGCAACUCAGAUGUUUGAGCUGACGAGGAAGCGGCUGACGCAUAGUGAAGCGUACCCUCACUUCAUGUCCAUCCUGCACCACUGCCUCCAGAUGCCUUACAAGAGGAGUGGCAACACCGUUCAGUACUGGCUACUGUUAGACAGAAUUAUACAGCAAAUAGUUAUCCAGAAUGACAAAGGACAAGACCCUGACUCCACACCUUUGGAAAACUUUAAUAUUAAGAAUGUUGUACGAAUGUUGGUUAAUGAAAAUGAAGUUAAGCAAUGGAAAGAACAAGCAGAAAAAAUGAGAAAAGAGCACAACGAGCUACAACAGAAAUUGGAAAAGAAAGAGCGAGAGUGUGAUGCCAAGACCCAAGAGAAAGAAGAGAUGAUGCAGACCUUAAAUAAAAUGAAAGAGAAACUUGAAAAGGAGACCACAGAGCACAAGCAAGUCAAGCAGCAGGUGGCGGACCUCACGGCACAGCUCCAGGAGCUCAGCAGGAGGGCCGUCUGUGCUUCAAUCCCAGGUGGACCCUCGCCUGGAGCCCCAGGGGGUCCCUUUCCUUCCUCUGUGCCUGGGUCUCUUCUUCCUCCCCCACCGCCCCCACCUCUCCCAGGUGGAAUGCUCCCUCCUCCUCCACCUCCCCUGCCCCCAGGGGGCCCUCCUCCUCCCCCGGGGCCUCCUCCCUUAGGGGGACUCAUGCCACCUCCUGGUGCUCCAGUGGGUCUGGCACUCAAGAAGAAAAACAUUCCUCAGCCCACAAAUGCCCUGAAAUCCUUCAACUGGUCUAAGCUGCCAGAGAACAAACUGGAAGGAACAGUGUGGCCGGAAAUUGAUGAUUCAAAAGUCUUCAAAAUUCUAGAUCUUGAAGACCUGGAAAGGACUUUCUCUGCCUACCAAAGACAGCAGAAAGAAGCAGAUGCCAUUGAUGACACACUGAGUUCCAAACUUAAAGUCAAAGAGCUUUCGGUGAUUGAUGGUCGGAGAGCUCAGAAUUGCAACAUCCUUCUCUCGAGGUUGAAAUUAUCCAAUGAUGAAAUCAAACGGGCAAUUCUAACAAUGGAUGAACAAGAAGAUCUGCCCAAGGACAUGCUGGAACAGCUUUUGAAAUUUGUUCCUGAAAAAAGUGACAUUGACCUGUUGGAAGAACAUAAACACGAACUGGAUCGGAUGGCCAAGGCUGAUAGAUUCCUUUUUGAGAUGAGCCGAAUUAAUCAUUAUCAGCAAAGAUUGCAAUCGCUGUACUUCAAAAAGAAGUUUGCGGAGCGCGUGGCGGAAGUGAAACCUAAAGUGGAAGCAAUUCGUUCUGGGUCAGAAGAGGUGUUUAGGAGCAGCGCCCUCAAGCAGUUGCUAGAGGUGGUUUUGGCAUUUGGAAACUAUAUGAAUAAAGGCCAAAGAGGGAAUGCAUAUGGAUUCAAGAUCUCCAGCCUAAAUAAGAUAGCUGACACAAAAUCCAGUAUUGACAAGAACAUUACCCUUUUGCACUAUCUCAUAACUAUUGUGGAAAAUAAAUACCCCAAUGUUCUCAAUCUAAAUGAAGAAUUGCGAGAUAUUCCUCAAGCCGCAAAAGUAAACAUGACCGAGCUGGACAAAGAAAUAAGUACCUUGAGAAGUGGCUUGAAAGCAGUAGAGACAGAGCUGGAAUAUCAGAAGUCUCAGCCCCCACAGCCUGGAGAUAAGUUUGUGUCCGUUGUCAGCCAGUUCAUCACAGUAGCCAGCUUCAGCUUCUCUGAUGUUGAAGAUCUUCUAGCAGAAGCCAAAGACCUGUUUACUAAAGCAGUGAAGCAUUUUGGGGAAGAGGCUGGCAAAAUACAGCCGGAUGAGUUCUUUGGCAUUUUUGAUCAGUUUCUUCAAGCUGUGUCAGAAGCCAAACAAGAGAAUGAAAACAUGAGAAGGAAGAAGGAAGAAGAGGAGCGUCGAGCUCGCAUGGAAGCUCAGCUCAAAGAACAACGUGAAAGGGAACGUAAAAUGAGAAAAGCAAAAGAGAACAGUGAAGAAAGCGGAGAGUUCGAUGACCUUGUUUCAGCGUUACGCUCAGGAGAAGUCUUUGACAAAGACCUUUCCAAACUGAAACGGAAUCGCAAACGCAUUACCAACCAGAUGACGGACAGCAGCCGAGAGAGACCAGUCACAAAACUUAAUUUCUGAUUUUCCAUAAAUACUUUUCUAGAAAGCUCAUUAGUAGCCCUUUGAAGUGACUAGAACUUUUCAUUACACUGCCUUGCAAUCCAAACGGUGGCAAUUUCUUCCCUCAUCUGUGAGUGAAUGUGUGUAUGUAAAUGUAUGCGUGUGUAUAUAUAUGUAUUAAAAAAUGUACAUAGAAGUCUGAGUGUUGUCUGGAGACCUAUAUGUAUAGCUAAAACAUUUUGUUAACGUAUGUGCUCAGAAACCCUUCGUGUAUGCAUUCACAUUGAGUGUGGCUCAUUUUCUCUCCCUGAACACCGUGACUGUUCAGAAGCACAAUACUAUCUCCUGAAAGAGAUGACAGAGACAUUCCCUAGAGUAUAAAAAAAAAAAAAAAGAAAAGGCUUGCAGAAUAUUUUAUGGUUUCCAAGCUUGGUAUACUCUGAAAUUAUUUUCAUUGGUGGAACUGGAGUUGGAAAAUUAUAGAUUUAAAAUGGUUUUUGAUAGUUGACAAUGUGAUGCUGGUGCAUCGCAUCAGUAAUCGAUAGGACCAGCUUAGAAUUUCUGACGUUGGUGUGGGGAUACAGUCUGUAAAUGUUUAUUAAGAACAUCUUGCACACAAUGUGAAUUAUGUAGAAUGUCAAUCAGAAUUUUUCUGUAUAUUUAAAACUUGGACAUCGAUUUUUUUUCCCCUAAUUUCAUCGAGUUCUCUGCCAAGUACUCUUGAUGACUUCUUUAAAUUGCUUUUAGAAAGAACACUAUUUUCAUGCAAUCCACGCUCUUGUUAAAGAAAAAGAUUACCAGAAUGUGCUUCUUGUUCUAACAAUAUAGAUAUAUAAACCUUAAAAAUAAAAUAUCCCACCCAAGACUUAAAGGUAGAAUUCUCUGAAGGGAUAAAGAUUCUUUAAAAACAUUUUUUUAAUGGGGUGCCUUUUUGUUGUUGUUGUAUUUUCUAUUUUCUGUUUUGUAGGACAAGCUGCAUCUUCUGUAAAUAUAGGUCUGGACUAAACGACACUUACAGAAUGCACAAAAUGUCAACAAUGUCAGCAGAUAUGCCCAGAUCUAUUUAUCUUUAAGUAUAUUUGAAGUGGUUUGUUGUUUAUAUGUUGUCAUUUUAAAUUGUGUGUCAGUAAAGCUACCUGUAAAAUUUCAGUCCAAAAAAUAAAGCUCUCAGGGAGAAAUAAAUAAAAACAAUGAACAUUAGAAAAUAAAAUAUAGAUGCUUACCAUAACCUACCAACUCUUAAUAUCCUUAAAUUAUAUAUAAAGAGGACUGUUACUUUUUUUUUUUUUUUUUUUUGCUUUGCUUUAUUUAUUUUUAGUUGGGGGGGGUCUAAUGUUUUUUCUUUUUCUUUCCAUCAAUCCUGUUGUGGUUGGGUUUCCUGUGGAGAGAGUAGUUUGUCCUGUUGCACUAGAUUAUUUACUCACUAAAUUGAGUUUUUCAAUUAACAAAUAUUUAUUAAGCACUUACUGUGUACCAGGCAUAGUAGGGCUACAAUGGUAAGCAAGACAGAGUCCCUGCCCCCAUAGAGCUUAUGCUGUAAUGGGGAUAUUAAGGGAUGAAUAGAAUACCAAUGUGCGCACUGUACAGGAAUCAUGCUAUUUAAAAAUAAUUUGUAUAAACUAUAAUGCUUAGUGCAGAUGGCAAGGUAUCUGUGCUAAGUGAAAGCUGUGAAAUAGUGCUCUAAGAGUUGUCAAGAGCUGUGGUUUUACAUUUUGUUUCUCAUUGCAAACGUAGUGACUUUCUACACAUUAUAUGGACAUAAACGACUCCUAGCAAAUAAAACGGUCAUAGAUACAAAGCAGAGGUCGCGCUCCCCCAGCUCCUGGUUAACCGAGGUCUGCACGUCCACCACGUUAAAGGUGCAGACAGAGACUUGGCUCAAAAAGGCUUAGAGAUGAGGAGUGGGAUAUAAUGAUGGUUUUGUCUAUUCCUUAACUAAAGUGCCUCUAUGUAUAUUCUUUUCUACUUCAAGCAGGAGAAAUUUGGUCUGGCUCAAUUUUGAAACUGUAUUUUGAAAAUGGCUUUGUCUUACAGUUUAAGGAAUAGACUGUGGAGGAAGAGUCACGUAAAGGAGCAAGUUUGUGUAGCAUGUCCCUCUUGCCCUUCUUAAAUCAUCCUCUUUUUGAUACGGCCAUCCUGGUAGGCCUCCUUUGCCAUGUCCACGUUUGGUUCCUUUCCCUGAAAACUGUGUGCAGGUAAUUCCGUGUGCCAUUGUUGAGAAGAAAAAAACAAAAAAAAAAACAACAAAAAAAAACUACUUUUAGAUUGGUGCUGGUGUAAGUAGCCACUUUUCUCUCUUGGGUGUGUAUUUUAAAGUUUUGUGUUUGUUUUUUUAAAUUAAUGCCAAAAAGAAAAAGCAUUAUAAUUUGUAAACUUAAUUAUAUGUCUUGUAUCUUAUUAGUUUAGUAGUUGGAACCACUUAGUCUUUAGGUGCAAGACUGUUGUUAGAUAGUACCGAGAAAAAAGAUGUUGUAUGUGUUAUGAGACUGUACAUUUUUUUAAAAAUAGCAAUAUGCAAUAAAGAGAUGAAUUCAUUGGGUGUA